AUCCGCAGCACUGCGUUCCGACACUGGUGGACAAUGGGUUCGCCCUGUGGGAAUCCCGGGCCAUCAUGUGCUACUUGGUAGAGAAGUAUGGAGCGCAACAACACGAGACGCUCUACCCAAGGGAUGAUCCUCAGCGGCAGGCCGUCAUCAACCAGCGGCUCUACUUCGACAUGGGCACCCUUUACCAGCGCUUCGGGGACUAUUACUAUCCGCAGAUCUUUGAAGGUGCACCGGCCUGCGAGGAAAACUACAGGAAGAUCGCUGAGGCACUCGACUUCCUGGAGCUCUUUCUCGCCGCAAACGGGGAGGGGGGCUGCCGCCGGUACGUGGCCGGUGGUGACUGUCUAACGCUGGCGGACAUUAGCAUCUACGCAACGCUCACGACGUUCGAGGUGGCCGGUUACAAGUUUGAGAGCUACUCGAACGUGUCCGCGUGGUACAAACGUAUGGCGGACAGCAUUCCGGGGGCCGCAACAAACCGGACCUGGGCGGAGGCGGCCAGACCGUUCUUCGAGAAAGUGAAACAUUAACGUGAUAUAUAUGACAGACAAUGACACAUCAUGGACGGAGCGAUGGACCUAGGGGCAAAAGAGAGACGCAAGACGGAAAUAAAGGCAGCCCGACUGCCAGCAAAUGGUAGUUUGUUGAUCGAGAGUCGAUUUACGAGUCACUGAUCGUGUGCGUGUGUCC